UUGCACCUUUCUAACGACAGGGUGUUUCAUGCAAACGCACCGGAACUGUGACGUACUGAAUGUGUAACAAGUGACACGGCGUGACCACUUUGGGAUCUUAAUCGGACAUUUCCGGAGAUAUGGUAAUUCUGCAUACCCCGUCGUCCCCUGGCAUGUCGUGCCGGGUCUACUCCUCAUCAUCCUCCGACUGGGACAUCAACGACAGCGCAAUCCCCCGCAUCAACGAAUUCGACUCCUUCUCCGAAUGGGCCGAUGGCCACUGCCGUUUAGUCUACCGUGCCGACAACGAAGACGCCAAACGGCACUCCUCCGGCUGGGCCAUGCGGAACACCAACAACCACAACGUGCACAUCCUGAAGAAGAGCUGUCUGGGAGUCCUCGUCUGCUCCCUGCGCUGCACCCUCGCCAACGGCGAGCGCGUGCAUCUGCGGCCCGCCAUCUGCGACAAGGCCCGGAAGAAGCAACAAGGAAAGCCGUGUCCGAAUCGGCAGUGCACCGGGAGGCUGGAGAUCCUCCCCUGUCGGGGACACUGCGGGUAUCCCGUUACGCAUUUCUGGAGACACACCGAUCAUGCGAUCUUCUUCCAAGCGAAGGGAGUGCACGAUCAUCCCAGACCGGAAGCCAAGAGCACGUCUGAGGCGAGGAGGAGUCUGGGGAGCGGAAGAAGGGUCAGAGGAUUGGCGGUUUUAUUGGCCAAGGAGGCAGCGCUCGGUAAUAAGCUGAUGUCGCUGCGAGAGCCGAAACGGCAGUGUCGCGAUCUGACCUCAGCCCGCGCCCUCAACCCUCCUCCACUGAUCGCGGACCAAGACAAAGGUUAUUGUUCUUGCCCGCCUUUUGAGUGUAUUUGUAAUUAUCAGCCGGUGCUUCCCACAACUUUGCAACAGUACUCCCCGACCUACCAACAGCCGCAGGUCCUGGACUCCUACUGGACGCAGGAGCCGGCCCAGGCCCAGUCCUAUCCUGCCGAAGUGACCCUCAACCAGCAGUACGACUUCACAAACAUUCCGGCAGAUCUGUUCCAACCGGAAGAGAUUUUCCAGCUGGACCAGCCCAUCAAGCCGGACUUUGUGAGCAACGCCCAGAGCGAGCUCAACAGGUCGCCUUCCACGCUCCUGGAUCUGGGCAGCGGGACCAUACACCGGGAGUUCAAGUCGGAGGAGUAUUGGAACCAAAGUCUCAACACCAUGAUCAACGACGACAGCAACAACAGCGGCAGCAGCCGGUUCAAUCUAAGUCAAUCCCCUGAUAACACUCUAAGUCUUAAUAACAACCUAGUUCCUUCAAUAAACCAAAACAGUUACGUGGAAAGUGCGAAAAUGGACGAACUUUCGUAUAGUGUACAGAAAGCUACGAACUACUACCAGCAGACGAUGCUCGACGGUGAAUACAACAAAACGCAAAACUUUGAAAUCAUCACUGACAACAAGGUCUAUUUUGACGAAAACAUGCAACACUUUGAAACUUUUCCCAAGACGUACAAGUCCAACUACCAGGAGAAAUACAUCGAUUUGGGGCAAUACACCGACUAUAAUAAUUUUCUGUCGGCUUAUGAUGGCAGCAAAAUCAAUGACAGUGCCAUGUUUGGUGACCUCGAUUUCCGAAUUAAUAACUGUGUACCAGGUGCGAGUAAUUCACACUACAGUCACGAAAAUUUCGAUCUAAUUACACACCAGUAACUAGGCAGUCUUUUCACGUUUUCGAGUGCCUUGAACACUUAUGCUUUCAAUGAUCUUCAUUAUGUUUGAGUAUUAUUGUUGUACACAUUGUAUAUACUAUGUAUAAAUAAAUAGA